UACUUAUUUUAUCGACCCCGAAAGGAGGAAAGGCAAAGUUGACCUCAGCGGAAUUUGACCUCAGAACGUAACGACGGACGAAAUGUUGCUAAGCAUUUUGCCCGGCGUGCUAACGGUUCUACCAGCUCGCCGCUUUAAAUCUCUGUUAUAUUAAAGUCGGGCGGCAUUAUGAAAAAAAGGAAGACAUAUGAAGUAAUGCAGUCCUAGGUAGCCUUAAAAAGGCAGAAUAGUCAUGACUGGAGCGCCUUUGUUCAGAAGUAUGGUUAUUCAGGUUUAACCAAUGAGAAAAUAGCAAUAACAACGGCGACAGAUGCUAUAUGCUCUUACACUCUCAUAAAUAUCCUAGAGAGGUAGAAAACCGGAUGUCUAAUGUAAUACGCAUAUGUUACACUGUGACUUUCCUGCUUUAUCCAAAAAUAUUAACGGGUCCAGUACGAUUAAAAUAGCUUCCAUCAGGAACGUGGCUCAUAAGAAACCUGUUCUUUUAAGAGUGAAAUUAUCAUAAGUAUGGAGAUGAAGCGAAUGCUGCACCGAGUCAGUAUUUCGAUCCACUUCUGUCAGGAGAUUAUGCAAGCACGCAGGUAGAUAGUCUUGAGUUAACUUCAGAAAGAUGUUCGAAAAUGGGGCAAUGUGUUACUUCAAGUCAAAAGCUAAGAAAGUGUUUAAACGCGGCAUACCAGAACUUGUCGAGGAAUGAAAUAAAAUUACGUAAUUGGACUGCAGCCAUGCUAAUGAACCGCCUGGAAUAUCUUUUGCAACCGAAACGACUCCAAUACUUAUUUAAUUGUUUUUUAAAGACAGGCACAAGGCCCGAAAUUUUUGGGGAAAGAGGCCAGUCGAUUAAAUCGACCCCAGUAUGCAACUGGUACUUAAUUUAUCAACCCCGAAAGGAUGAAAGGCAAAGUCGACCUCGGUGGAAUUUGAACUCAGAACGUAAGACGCGAAAUACCGUUGGGAUCAAUAUCAUGGUCGGCUGGAUAACAAAAUCUCUUCGCAAUUAUGUAGUACCAAGUUCGAUAUCGUAGCCUCGAUUUGACCACAAAGAAAGUCGUUUGAACGAAACGGUGUUGAUAGAAAUGCUACUUGGGACACUUCUCCAGUUGUUUCACAUCAUCAUUUGACACCAUGGCAAGCGUUCGUGUAUGAUCUCGGAUCUGUGAAAAAUUCACAAAUUGUGCUUCUGUCUCUCAUUUUUCUUAUGAUCUUGGAGGUCACAUAGAAAUUUAAUGGGUACUCUCCUCUCAUUUUUUGACUAAGCCAUUAAAAAUGUUAUAUUCAUGGCGUACUCUGACUAUAGUCGAUUUCCUGAAGAUGACAGACACAUAGAAAGAAAAAGAAAGAAUGAUAGAUAGACAGAUAGAUAGACAGAUAGAUAGACAGACAGAUAUAUAAAAAGAGAUAGCUAGACUGAUGAGAGAAGUAUUGACUUAAUACAGGUAAGGCACCUUAUUAUCGAUACCGUAACGAUGACAAACAAUGAUAGCCCUAUGGGAUUUAAGCUUGCAGCCAGAACCAAUACUACAGCGCUUUGAAUCCGACAUUCUAACAUCAGUUUCCAUUCGUUAUUUUUUUUUUUAUGUACUUUAUUUAGUUUAGUUUUCGAGUAAAAGUAUGUAUAAAUCGACCAGAGGCAAUAUCUAUCAUACUUUGACAGACAUUAAAAAGUAAAGGAAAAACAAUACAAAAUAACAAUCAUACACAUAUAAGAGCCAGAAUUAUGCUGGAGUCAAUUCAGUCUUAUCUAUGUUUGCAUU